AAUGAUCCAAUAAGAUUAAAAUCCAAAAGAGAUGCUCAAAAGAUUUGAAUUUUAGGUAAAAACCUCUUCUUCAGCCAGAUGGAUAGAGAAAAUCCUCCCUUUAAAACUGAAAUUAGUUUUUCUUUAUUAUGAAAAUGGAGUUUAUUAAUUGUACGAUAUAAACUCAAAAGUAAUUACUAAAAAAGGAUAAAUCUCAAAGAAUAUAAAAUUCUUCCUUGAAAUUUACACAAAGUAAUAUUUUUUAAUAUUUUAUAGUGUUUUGAUAUUUCAUGAUCCCACAGAUCUUUAAAUGAAAUUAUUAGAUUUGAAUAUAAAUUAAAUAAAUCCUAAAUUUGUGUUUAAAUCAAGUGACUAAAUAGAUAUCAAGAGUGAUGAAGCAACUAGAGAAAUAUUUUUAGAUAGUAUUAAUUCAUUUAAUAUUUAGAAUUUCGAGUUUUCUUUAUUGAUUGUUAUUAGAACUAAAUUAAAUAUUUGAUAUCCUAAGAUUUAGAAAGGCACUACUCAAAAAAUAAUGUCUGCCAUUAUGCCAUAAGAGUUUUACCUCUAAAAUAUGACUCUUAAACAAAUUUUGAAUUAACACCAGUUGUCCGAUAUGACUAUCCUAAUAUAAUUUCAUAAGAGGAGUUGUACUACUGGUAAGUAGAUUAAGAAACUAUAGCAGUAUAUGGAUAGGAUUGUGAUAAUUGUAAAUCUGAAAUUCUUCUUAUUAAACCUUAUUUAAAGUAGCAGGCAUUUUAUAUUAUUCACAUUAAAUUUGAAUUUUCAUACACAACAAUAAAUGUAACAAAUUGGAUUAACCCUAACUAAGUUGCUAUUUGGGUAAAUUGUAAUGAUGGGUCAACAAACCCAAGCAUUUUUUGUUUUGAUUUAAGAAGAUAUUAUAAUGGUCAAAACUGGUUACCUGAACCUUAAUUUAUAGCAACUUUGGUAAUCAAUUAAACAUAAAAUCACUAGGUUCAAGAUGGAUGUAUUGCUAACAAGCCAUCAAUUUUUAUGGAUAUUUAUCAAUUCCAUUUAGAAUCUACUUAUGUAAUUUCAAUAAGACAAGUUGGAAAUAGAGCCAAGAUAUCUAUCAUCAAUUUUAAAAAUAUUUAAGAACCAUAAAUUGUUAGUAAAGUUACUGUUGAUUCCUUUUGGAUUUAAACUGAUAUUGAUCAUUCUUAUAUUCUAUUAUAUAAUGAUAUGGCGUAUGCUAUAAUUUAUUAUUAUUAGAAUCCAGGAUGACACAAUCAAAUUUUCAAUUUUAAUCCCUUUUGAUGAAGGAUUAUUAUUAUUAAAAAUUUUUGAAAAAGCAAAAAUAAUUGAAAAAUAUGGUAUCCAUAUAGUUGAAGAACUAUUUGAAUUCUAUUUAUGA